AUGGCUACCCGUGGUAUAGGAGGAAAAAUCGCACACAGCAUUCUACGUUUGUCUGAUAUGGCUCAAGAAUAUAACGAACUUCUCAUGCCAAUUAGUGGUUAUGAAUCGAUGCCACUUGUUAUUCUCGAAGAAGCUGUUCAACUACUUGUAUCAUUAUUACCAGCUGUUCAAAGUUACGUCUAUGUAGCCAAGCAGAAAUCCAAGACACCAGCUGAAAAUUUGACACAGAACGAGUCUGCUUCGAUCAUGCUUUAUUCCAUAGAAUGGGAAUCACUUGACCAAUGUCUCUAUAUAUCCUGA